AUGGGGCUCAGCGAAGGAGAGUGGCAGCUGGUGCUGAACGUCUGGGGGAAGGUGGAGACCGACCUCGCGGGCCACGGGCAGGAGGUCCUCAUCAGCCUCUUCAAGGGCCACCCGGAGACCCUGGAGAAGUUCGAAAAGUUCAAGCACCUGAAGACAGAGGAUGAAAUGAAGGGCUCCGAGGACCUGAAGAAGCAUGGCAACACGGUGCUCACUGCCCUCGGGGGCAUCCUCAAGAAGAAGGGCCAGCACGAGGCGGAGCUGAAGCCCCUGGCCCAGUCACAUGCCACCAAGCACAAGAUCCCCGUCAAGUACCUGGAGUUCAUCUCAGAGGCCAUCAUCCACGUUCUCCAGAGCAGACAUCCCCACGACUUCGGCACUGACGCCCAGGCGGCCAUGAGAAAGGCUCUCGAGCUGUUCCGGAACGACAUUGCUGCCAAGUACAAGGAGCUGGGUUUCCAGGGCUAA